UGGACCUGUCUGAAGGCGGCGGCUGGAGCUCUUGACACUGUACCUAGCUAUCUUCAACCCACCACGAAUCCGGCGAUCUUUCUGCAAACCACCAAUUCCCACCACCGACGACAUACAAGCUCAGUCCAGCAAUCCAACUCGAACCCGAAAUUCCCGAUACGACGUCAAAUCAAUCAGUCAGGAUGGCUCAGGGCGAAUCGGCGAGGGUGCAGGAGGCACAGAAGGCGGCCAAGACAGACCCCAGAAAGGCAGAGCAGCUCUUCAAGGAAAUCAUCUCUCAGCCCCCCUCCUCCGCAACCUCCGAUGCAGCGGUGAAGGAGUACGAGACGGCGUUGCUUGGUUUGGGAGAGCUGUACCGGGAUGAGAAGAAGACGCAGGAGCUCGUUGACCUGAUCACAAAAAGCCGGACAACCCUUUCGUCAUUCGCCAAGGCAAAGACAGCAAAGCUGGUUCGCUCCCUGCUUGAUCUCUUCGAGAAGAUUGAGGGCAGCACCGACAUCCAGAUCGCAGUUACCAAGUCAUGUAUAGAAUGGGCAACCUCGGAGCGCCGCAGCUUCCUGCGCCAGAACCUCGAGACCCGCCUGGUCGCGCUCCUUAUGCAGAAGCAAUCCUACUACGACGCACUCACCCUCAUCAACGGCCUCCUCCGUGAGCUCAAGCGCCUGGACGACAAGCUCGUCCUCGUUGAAGUCCAGCUCCUCGAGUCGCGUGUCUACCACGCCCUCGGCAACAUCCCCAAGGCCCGUGCCGCCCUUACCAGUGCCCGUACAAGCGCCGCCUCCGUUUACACCCCGCCUCUUCUCCAAGCACACCUCGAUAUGCAGAGCGGUAUGCUCCACGCCGAAGACAAGGACUUCAACACUGCCUUCUCCUACUUCAUCGAGGCCCUCGAUGGCUACCACACCCAGGACGAGUCCGUCAAGGCCACGGCCGCCCUCCAGUACAUGCUUCUGUGCAAGAUCAUGCUGAACCUGGCCGACGACGUCAACAACCUGAUGACAUCCAAGCAGGCACAAAAGUACGCCAGCAAGAACCUCGAAGCCAUGAAGGCCGUUGCCCGUGCGCACUCGAACCGGUCCCUGGAGGAGUACGAGCAGGCCCUUCAGUCUUACCGUGAGCAGCUCGGCAGCGACGCUUUCAUCCGCAACCACCUGCGACGUCUGUAUGACGCCAUGUUGGAGCAGAACCUUAUUAAGGUUAUCGAGCCCUUCUCCCGCGUCGAAAUCAGCCACAUUGCAAAGAUGGUCGGCCUCGACACGCAACAGGUGGAGCGCAAGCUGUCCCAGAUGAUCCUGGACAAGGUCAUCAUCGGUGUGCUGGACCAGGGCGCGGGAUGCCUCAUCAUCUUUGACGAGACAGAGCGCGACAGCGCAUACGACCACGCCCUGGCUACGGUUGAGAAGUUGAGCAGCGUGGUGGAUGUCCUCUACACCAACCAGGCCUCCAUGCUCGAGUAAAUGGCAAGGCAGGCGUCCAGGGUUGGCAAAGCGGAAUGGAUUUGGGACUGUACUAUUACCAUAGACACGAAUGCCGGCGGUGCAUGAGACAGAAAUUCAUUCUGGUGAAGUGGUAUCCUAACAAUUUGCGGGCAAGAUGCCCGAGUGACCAAUGAAGACA